GGCGAAGGGCAGAAAAUUUAAACCAAGCCCGAGGGAACUCUUUUCGGAGAGUCAUCCAGCAAAUAUCCAUCUUUUAUAGCACUGAGCAGCGUCGUGCAGCGGUGCUUCGUUGGAUUGUUUGUUUCACUCGAGACUGCUUCGUUUUUUUGUUACCGGUUACUUGGCUAUCUGCCCUUGUCGCCCUGACACGCUCUUUUCCCGUUCCUUUUCUUUCCGGCUUGUGGUGGCGACAAGAACCCAUCCCCUCACUCAGAUUGCAAAAAGCGAUCCGCAAUUCCCGCACGAAGGUCCGACAACCCGGACCGAUUUCAAUCAGCAAGCAGCAGCGCACGCGACGCCUCCUUGUCUGCCUACGCCCUCCGCUGAUCCGAGAGGCCGACAACCCUCUCGGUCUCUCUUAAUCCUUCGACUGCUGCGAGCGAUCCCGCACGACCCGAAGAAAAAAAACUACGCACGAACGCGCCCCCCCAAAAAUGAAGGUCUUCUCCAACACCGAGACGUUCAACUACUCCUGGGAGGAGGUGUCGACGGCCAACUGGCUCAAGUACUGCCCAUGGAACGACAAGUCGACACACGUCAUCGCCGUUGACACGCUGUCGCGGAGCAUCGACGAGGCCUCGGGCAUGCUGCGCACGGAGCGGCUCAUCACAUGCCGACAGAGCGCCCCGGAGUGGGUCAGGAAGCUCCUCGGCGCCUCCAACAGCGACAAUUACGUCUUCGAGGUCUCGUACGUCGACCCGACCAGCCGCACCGUCACCAUGGUGUCGCAGAACCUGACGUGGUCCAACCUGAUCAACGUCCAGGAGACGGUCGUAUACAAGCCCCUCAACGACCACCAGACCCAGUUCGUCCAGGACGCAAAGAUCACGGCCCUGUGCGGCGGCUGGCAGCGCAUCCGCAACUCCAUCGAGGACGCCCUCGUCACGCGCUUCCGCGAGAACGCCGUCAAGGGCCGCGAGGGCUUCGAGUGCGUCCUGGCCAUGAGCAGGCGCGCCUUCGCCGAGGAGAGGGCCCGCCAGGUCACCAUGCCCCAAUAACCAGCCGCCACCUGGUUUGCGUGCGGCCCUUGUUGGGCUGCAACGGGCCGGGGCUUCCAUGACGGACGAUUUGCCUUCUUUUUACGUCUUCGCAUCUCGCGACCAAAACUCUCUCCACCACUCUCGACUUCUCUUCUGCAGCAUUUGCCGGCGCGCCUGUUUUACAACAUCCUUGCGGGGUAAAAAAAAAGGGGGACAAAGGUUACCUAAAAGUUAUUGGGCACAUAUAUCGUUUGCGCGUUUGGCUUCCAUUCUCUUCUCUGUCGAGACUCUCUCAUCCUCUCCCUCCCUCCCAAGACGACAAGCAGAUCUUGUCGUUCCAACUCCCCUGGGACCUGUAAUUGUUGUUCUUCUUCUUUUUUUUUUUUUGGAUUUACUGGCGUUUUCGGAAAUACCCCGGUUUAGAAAGUGCGGUUACAUUUCCCUCAAUCCCACCAAUUCGGCGGCUCAGCGGCGUUCUCGGCUCUGCCUCCCUCUCUCCAGAGAGCUGUGUUUCCUGCCUCUGGCUCCUCUCCACACAGCCGAGGGAUCAAAACAACACCCCACCACCUGCACUGCUUUUCUCUUGAUAGAACGAUAGACUUGUUAGACCAGAUCUCUUUUUCUUCCCUCCAGUGUUGAAGGGACAUUAGAGAAUACAACUUGGACUCUCUCCUCUUUGGCCA